AAAGACCUGGGGUGCUGCACAGGGAGGGAGAGAGGGGGCCCCCUGGCGGCCUCGGGGCACCAAGCAGUCGCCUGGCUCGCCUGCGCCCGUAGCCGGCCCUGGGCUGUGGAUUCGGCAUACAUGCGCCGUCAUAAAAGCUGGCCCGCAGCACUAGAGUGCCUGCAUCGGCUCCGCUCGCCUCUCAGGCCCGUGUCGACGCGAUUGAGCCCUCGCUGCGUGGCGGAGAGGGGCCGCAGGACCGCCGGUGCCCCCCGCCCCCCCCGCACAAGUGGUUCCCAGGCUUGUUUACAGGGUGAGGAGGAGGAGGAGGAGGAAGGGGGGCUUUCCUGCCGUGACGUCAGAGGGUUCGUGUCGCUGGAGCUCAGACCCCAGAAAUACUCCCCCUGCGUGGUGUUGUAAAAAUACAACAGCAAAGUUUCUCUCCGGCCAUGGACAACGCGGAGAGCCGAGACAUGAAAACCGCGAACAGACGAGAACGCCAGGCAGGCUCACCACGGUUCACACAAGCCGAUUUCGAAAAAGCACUCGAAGAAGCCGACAACAGUAUCGGUGUCUGUGGGUGGAUCUUGGUGUUAUUCUCCAUUCUGCUGACACUGGUCACUCUUCCCAUCUCCAUAUGGAUGUGCAUCAAGAUUGUGAAGGAGUAUGAACGGGCCAUCAUUUUUCGACUUGGGCGUAUCCUGAAAGGUGGUGCCAAAGGACCAGGUCUGUUCUUCAUCUUGCCUUGCACUGACAGCUUCAUCAACGUGGACAUGCGCACCAUCACCUUUGACAUCCCCCCACAGGAGGUCUUGACCAAGGACUCGGUGACGGUGAGCGUGGACGGCGUGGUGUACUACCGGGUGCAGAACGCCACGCUGGCCGUGGCCAACAUCACCAACGCCGACGCGGCCACCCGCCUGCUGGCGCAGACCACCCUGCGGAACGUGCUGGGCACCAAGAACCUGUCAGAGAUCCUGUCCGACCGGGAGGAGAUCGCGCACAGCAUGCAGUCCACCCUGGAUGACGCCACGGACGACUGGGGCAUCAAGGUGGAGCGCGUGGAGAUCAAAGACGUCAAACUGCCGCUGCAGCUGCAGAGGGCCAUGGCAGCCGAGGCCGAGGCCACCCGGGAGGCCCGGGCAAAGGUGAUAGCGGCCGAGGGGGAGAUGAACGCAUCCCGCGCCCUGAAGGAGGCGUCCAUGGUGAUCGCCGAGUCGCCCUCCGCGCUGCAGCUGCGCUACCUGCAGACCCUCAACACCAUCGCCGCCGAGAAGAACUCCACCAUCAUCUUCCCCCUGCCUAUCGACAUGAUGCAGGCCUUCGUGGGCCCGCGGGCCUGAGUGGGGGGGCGUAGUGCCAGCCGCUGCGGGGGGCGGCGGGCAGGCUGCCCUGGCUGCCCGCAGCUCUGAUCUAGAUUUUCUGUAGGCGUUUUGUCUGUGAAGUUGUAUGCUUUGCUUAUCUCAGCCCCCGGGCAGGCGAUGUAGUUGCUACUGGUGUGAUACCGGCGCAGGAACGUGUACUGGUGGCUCUCCUCCCAGAUCCGGUCAUUUGAUGGGGGCCCGUUUUUUUUUUUACUGGAAAGUGUCCACCCAGCUUGUGGUUUCAGCCCCACCAGGGGGACACAUCCAGACAGCAGUCACCCUCUGGGGUUGGUUGAUCAGAGGGGCGAGGGGGUCUAAUUAGCUGACAGUUCAAAAAAUUCACCAGUAAUGCUAAAACAAUAAAAGGGGGCUAUGUACCGGCUCCACUAGUUAUAGAACAAUAGAAACCCAGCCCACACGAUUCAGGGUCCUUGUAAAAAUGUUUUUAUAUUAGGAAAUGUAUUGUUGUCAGAACUAACGUUUUAUUGCUAUGAAUUGAAUGUAUUUAAACCAUCCAGUCAUUAACGUAGGUGUUCACAGAGCCAAACGUCGGAAUAUUUCACCACGAGCGCCGUGGGUGGCUGUGGUUUCCAACAAGCUGGGGGGCACAGAGCAUCACGCGAGGAGCUUGGAGACCGGACUCGGCUGGCAAGCACUUCCUCCCACGUCAGAUCAGGCGCAUUAACCAGGUAAUGACAGGCUUAGUUAAACAGGACUGGAGUUUCAAACCGAGUUUGGAAUUUCUUGUUUUACAUUAAUCCAAAGUAGUGAUUUAUUAAAGAUCCAAUGUAGAAUGUAGGUGUAGAGUCGGUAAUUUAGACCCAGGUUUUAAAUGUAAAAUUAACGUCUAACCUUCCUUUAGGUGGGUAGAUGGAAUUAAAAUAUUCCGCCCUCCCACAAGAAAACAAGUUUCAGACAGAACCAUCUCCAGGAACAAGCCAUGUGUUUUUAGGAUUCAGUGUGCCUUAAUAGUCAUUUCCCCAUGUAAAUCGUUCAGAACUUGCUGCAUCAAAUUAAAUGGCGAUGUCUUUACUGUAACCAGUCCUGCUCGUCCGUAUUAUCCCCCAUGUCCGCUAAUGUACGGUUUUCUCCUAUAUUACUAAUUCAUUCUUCCCGUACGUUCUUGUUCGAGUCUGAUGUGUUUUAUAUGGUGAUGUAAGCAUACCUUCGGAAAUGUGAUUUUGCCAGCAAGCUUCAGAAAUCUGCUGUUUCUAGUGACCCCCCCGUGUUCCUCCUGCCAACACAUAAUCAAUCGUGACUGGAGGAGCUCAAACAGCCCGUGGCUCGGUGUUGUCUUUUUAAUCUCUGCCUAGCUGUUUAAGAACAAGUAGCGCGGAUUUUUGUAACGCGGAUGAAAAGAAAAAAUGCAAACGUUUGGCUGUUGAGCCUUCGUCGGGUAUCAAAAUCACUUUGUCUUCAUUCUGUGUAGUUUUAACCUCCAUGUUUGAAGCUUUUUUUUUUUUUAAAGGUAAACGGAUAGUAUCACAUACUGUACCAUCCACAGAACAAAGGUGAUUUUUGCUAUUUUUUUAUGCUGGAAAUAGAACUGGUACAGAACUUUAAAAGGUCAAAUACAGUUUAUACUCUGCAAUACCGACUACAACUUAUUCUAUAUAGCUUUUUUUGAAAAACAAAAUGGUAGCAGAACAUAAAAAAACUGAGUUUUUAUGCCAAAGCAGGUUUUAUAAAAAAAAAGAACAAGGGAUAUUUUCUUCCAUAGUUUUGCACUUGUAUUAACUUUGAGGUUUCACAGCAGAGGGAGAGACCACGUUUUCUGAGGCUGAUGAAAUGCAUUUCAUUUUAAGACAGCAUUUUCAUUGAAAACAAUAGGUAUUAAUUUCUGUAACCGAGUGUUGCAGAGGUCUUCUUUUAAUCCUAGCGGGGCUCUUCAAAGAACUGUGCACUGAUAGUGUGGGUUAAGGAUUGUUCAGUUUCCUCAGUCAUAAAUCUUUUUCUCCGAUCCUUGAUGCUGAAUACCAUGCCUGGUAAACUCAUUAGCACUACCUAAUUUUGUAAAGGUGUUCCUGAGCAAGUAAUAAAUCCUCUUAUUAAAAACAUGCAA